AUGUCCUCUCCAAUCCCUCCAAUCCACCAGUACUCCUCUUCUAUCGAAGACCCCUCCCUGGAUCACACAAUGAGCACGCCAGAUGACUUAUUCAAUGCAUAUCUCCAAGCUCACUACCAAGGCCCGGGAACAAACCACCAUGGCCCAGGAACAAACUAUCUAAACCCGGAAACAGCGCUACCCACCUUCAACACCUUUCGAACACAGCACGUCAACAGCAUGGGCCACUCUCAAAGCCGUCGAAAACUGGUCGUUAACAACACAAUGCAGGUGCAGCCUCAAGAGACGGCCAUUAGCCAUGCGCACGCACCUUUUGCUAGCGCAACGGCACAGCAAGAAUCCUUUGUCGAUGCUGUGAACACGCAAUUUCAUCUAGUUGCUACUAGCCCGGUCGUAUCUGUCGCGACCUUGACAUCCACCUCUUCCUCAUCGCCCCCUCAGUCCGUCCCCGCCUUCCUUCCCUACGCAUCAGCAAUCUGCGCUCAGUACCCCAAGGUCAACCACUGGACGUGGUACAACUACUUGUUGAAGUGCAAGGAGGCCAGAUUGACUACAAGGAUGCGGGGAUCGUAUGGCUAUCUCAAGCUCGAGGACAGGACCAUGCUGAAUGACUCAACUCGCAAACAACAUACUGACUUCGUCAACGACAUCGUGGCACUUUUCCCCUUCAUGGGGCUCUGUUACGGCACGUGGAAGAUCAACAAGGUUGCGAUCUCCAUAUACCCCAACUGGCGACAAACCUGGAUCACCUCAAAUAACAAACUACGCCCCAAGAGCAGACACACUCCUGCAAAGAACCCUCGCGUGAAGAAGCAGGAUCCCAACGACGCAACAGUCUCGCUUGGGAUGAAGCGCAACGUGUCUGAAGGCGCAGACGAUGGCAGCAACGCCGGAGCUUCGUUCUUGAAGAAACCUAAAGCGGGUGUAUCUAAGGUGUUGAGCCCUGCUCGUGAGGACGAUGGUGAUGGUGACGCGCUCAACAUGACGUUCGUGCUGUCUUUGCCUCCGCCGCCACCUCCCCGUUCCCCAUUGUGCCCUCCUUCCAGCGCUGUGGUAGCCUUGAACGACCAGGAGGAGGCAAUAGAUACACUUCGCCUGGCAGCCACCAAACCGCUGCCACAGACGAAGAAGUUCGUCUUGCCGAGACCUAUCCCCACCAACCUUGCCAAGGAGGCACUCAAAAGGGUGGAGCUCGCGAAGCUGAAGGACGACCCUCCUGCCAAUGCUGGCGCUCAGCCGCUGCCCGAGGAGACUGGGAGCUCCUUGCUCAUCGAGCAGGAUGCUUCUCCUGUCCCGAACAUUGGAGAAGUUGCUCCCUCGGGUGUUCCUUCCUCCGAAGACGCUGCUGCCCCUUGCGGCGUGGCUCCUCUUGAUACCCAGUCCCCCAACCCUGUUCCUCAGGUCAAUACUAAGGCGCCAGCAUUUCCAGCACCGGCGGAAGCCUUGUUUCAGCUGGGCAACAAAAAGAUUGGAAAGAGUCUCUGUGCCUACCGCUGGCUCGCGGACGUAUCCAUUCCUGCAGAAAAUAAGACCAGAGAGGCCUUCAAUCCCUACUGGAUGAAGGAAUUGUCCGUCAAACAGAGAGAUUGCUAUAACCACGAGGCCAAACACGUGAAAGACGACACUAAAUGGAACCCAACGGAUGCCGCGUUUCUCAACGGUCCCCGCUACUAA